AUGGGAGUGAAAGUGUCUCUUUCCAUCGCCGCCACCCACCUCCCUCUCCUCUGGACCUUCCUCCUCCUCUGCUUCAAACCUCCUUACCUUUUCCUCCUUCUCAACACCAUCAUCAUCUCCAUUCUUGCAUCCUCCAGGUUCCACCACUCCAAACAUCAAUCCGAUCCAACUCCUCCGCCACCGCUUCAAGAACAAGAGGUGGAAAAGGAAGUAAUCCACCAAGAAGUCACAGUCAAGAGAACAGACUCAACGGAGAUUCCAUCGCUGAUGGAGAAGACUCCUGUGUCUGCUAGCUUCACCCCCCGGAAGUUCCUUAAAUCCACUUCUGAAGGUGGGAGAACGUUGAGGGUGGUGGCCAACGCCAAACGCCACGAAACGUUGGAGAGCACGUGGAAGGCCAUAACGGAAGGUCGAUCCGUGCCAUUGAGCAGACACAUGAAGAAGUGUGACACGUGGCAGAUCCGCGGCAACCUCGCUCCGUCUCUUGAAAACAAGUCCGAGACCUUCACCGACGUUUCCACUGCCGGGAGGCUGCGGAAAGAGCCGUCGCUGAGUCAAGAAGAGUUGAAUCGACGCGUGGAAGCGUUCAUACGGAAGUUCAACGAGGAUAUGAUGUUGCAGAGACAACAAUCCUUAGAACAGUACAUACAGAUGAUUAACCGCGGUGCCGCUUAA